AGACGGCCCUGGCCAUUAUCUGGGUAUGUCGCCUCGUCCGUUCCGAAUACCCGAACGUGCCCAGCAUUACUCGUAUCCGGUAGCUAACUGGGGUUCCCCCUUGUCCCCCUCCCCCCUGUUGAACAGUGUGGCGCCUCGGCAUAUCUCGCCUUCUUCUUCACCGACUGCCUCAUGUCCCGCUGGCUCAUCAACUAUACGCCGCAGGCGACGGUGGUCCGUCUGCUCACUGUCAGUUGCGCAUUCGCCUACUUGACUUCGUGGACCGUCUACCUGACCGGCGCUUCGGAAGAGCCUGGGCUCCUGCUGCCCGCUUGGAUCGGCAUAGCCACCAUACUAACCACCUGCUACCAUUUCACCCAGCGCAAGAUCAAGAUCCGGAAGGAGACGCGUGCGAGCAUAAGCGUCUUCUCCAUCGCCAGUUUUAUCAGCAUGGUUGCGUUGCUAUUGCAUUCUCACUCGACUAGAAUCGGGUAUCAGAACGUCCCUCUGGUUGCAUUGUCCAAGCCAGCCUGUCAGAUUGCAGAGCGUGUCCUUUUCCGCAUACUCGGCGUCACUAGGGAUCUGGACGGAUUAUAGUACGAAAUACUCGACAGCUACUCUUGUUUGGAAUUCGAAUGGGUUGGGAAUAUCGCCUGGCUGGCCCAAGUUGUCGUGGGUCACGUGAUCUGAGGACGGACGACUACCAGCCAUGGUACCUGGACUUGUGCAAAUGGCCGUUCUCCGGGGAGCUGGUAGGCAUCUACUGCAGCUCUAGUUAUUUCCAUAUUCAUGUUAUUGAAAUUGUGUGUCUGGAAAGGUCGCUAUGACCAAUACCCAUGCUCAUGCCGAUUGUGAUCGCGCGAAGCGUAUUGCUCGCUGAAAGAUGCAGCCUGUGAUCACCUAUAAAUUGGCAUUGUAGUAAUCCAGUAUGUAGCUGGUGUGGAAGUGAGGGUGAAGGGGGGUGGCUGCAACUUGGCUUAUAUAUGUAUGUAUGUGCCGUGGGAUCGCGGUGAGCUUCGUGUGCUGCCCCUGACAACAGGUCCCCUGGACGGCUCCGGGCUCUGCUUACUCGGGACUACAUCCGAGGGGUUCAAUAUAUAUAACGGAGUACUGCGUUAGGUACUUGUCCUUGGGCAG